AGAGUAACAAGUCAACUGUUGGAUACAACUAAGACGAGCCACUUGGGCAUGCACUGAUGAGGCAACUGCCAGAUGAUACUAUAAAUGCGACUAGCGAUCCAUUUCAAAUUCGAAAAAGAAGAAGAAGAUUAGUAGAAAUAGACAAAAUAAUAAUAAUAAUAAUAAUAAUAAUAAUAAAAAAGAAAAGAAAAGAGGUAAAAAAAAAUGGAUGCUGAUGGUAUUGAAAUCGAAGAGAUCGAUAUAGUAAUAGUUGGAGCUGGUAUUUGCGGCCUUGCCACAGCCCUUGCUCUUCACAGAAAGGGUAUACAAAGUGUGGUUUUGGAAAGAUCAGAGACCCUGCGUACUUCAGGAAUAGCAAUUGGAAUUCUGACCAAUGGAUGGCGUGCCCUCGACCAACUGGGUAUCGGCUCGAAGCUCAGGCAAACUGCUCUUCCUCUUCAAGUAGUACGAGACAUAUGGCUGGAUACCCAUAAGCAACAAGCAUCGCCGCUCUCGACUGGGGAAGCUCGUUGUGUUAAACGGAGUGAUCUAAUCCAAAUGCUUGCUGAAGAUCUGCCUAUUGGCACAAUACGCUUUGGAUGCCGAAUUGUGUCCCUCAAACUAGACCCUUUAACUUCUUAUCCCAUUCUUCAAUUGCUUGAUGGACGAAAAGUCAAGGCAAAGGUUUUGAUUGGAUGCGACGGAGUCAAUUCUGUAGUGGCGGAAUUUCUAAAGCUAAAGCCCAAGAAACUUUUUCCCAUGUGUGGGGUUAGAGGUUUGACAAUCUAUCCCAAUGGACACGGUCGUGCUCCUGAGUUUGUUCGAACACAUAGAAACGACAUUGUAUGUGGAAGAAUUCCAAUCAACGAAAACCUGCUCUUUUGGUUCCUUCCUUUUCCACUGACAGAACUUUCAGAUGCGAAUAUAUUCAACGACCAAGAGCUCAUUAAACAAAUGGCUCUGGAUAAAACCAAUGGCUUCCCAGAUGAAAUCGCGAAAAUGGUAGAAGAUUGCGAGACAUCCUAUUUGUCACUCACGCACUUGAGAUAUAGAACACCUUGGGACGUAUUAUUGGGAAGGUUCAGAAAUGGAACGGUCACAGUGGCUGGGGAUGCGAUGCACGUAAUGGGUCCAUUUCUGGGACAAGGUGGGUCGGCGGCUCUCGAAGAUGCAAUCGUGCUGGCGAGGUGUUUGGCUCAGAAGAUUGGAGUAGGGGGUGGUGAUAUGGAAAGAAAUGGAAGGGAAAUCAUACAGAGGAAAGUAGGAGAGGCAAUUGAUGCAUAUGUGGAAGAACGGAGGACGAGGUUGGUGAGGUUGUCUGCUCAAACUUAUCUGACCGGUUUGCUUCUUGGAACUACAUUGAAGCCCUUGAAGCUCUUGAUUCUCGCACUCAUUUUCCUUCUCUUUCGUGACCGUAUUCGUCACACUCGCUAUGACUGUGGCCGCCUGUAAAUCCAAUCUUAAUCCUUAAAACAAUUAGCUUGGUAUAAGUAUGAUAAACUUUUGUUUGCUUUAGACUUGGUUAGUAAUAGGAGAGUGAGAGUUUGCUUAUAUGGAAGUAUACUAAACUGUUAGAUUGCUUUAGAGUUGUUUAGUAAUAAGGGAAUGAGAUUUGCUUA